AAAGUAGUAGACUUUUGUCACCUUUCUGGCAACAACCCUCAAUGUGAGAAUUCGAUGUGUAAUGAAUGCUCUGAAAGAUUGAAGAAUAAACCCCAAGAAAAGAAAAUAGUCAUCACUCCAAAAAAAGCAAAACAUGAAACAGCACAAAUUAACAUCACCUCAAAAAAUCCUAAUGCCAACAAUGAAAGCUCGAGUAUGAUCACUUCAAGCAGCUUUGGUAACAUCCCAAAUAAUUCUAUUAUCAUCCCAGAUGACUUCAGCAUUAUUUUCCAAAGUAAUUUCAGUUUUAUUCAGAAUGACUUCAGUAUUAUCCUCCCAAAUGAUCCUAAUAUUACACAGAAUGACUCUAGUGUUAUCCUCUUAGGCAAUUCCAGCAUCACUCAAGACAAUCACUCUAACAUGAUUAUUCCAAGCGAUUCUAAUAAUAUUAUUCUAAACAAUCUCAGAAUUACUAUCCCAAAGGUUCCUGAUAAUAUUGUCUUCACUAAUAUUGUAUCUAGCAAUUCAAGCAACAUUACCUCUAGCUAUUUCAUUGUAUCAGAUAUAGAUAACAAUAUUGGACUUUUUUCUGAAAAAGAUUUUGGCAACCUUAGUGGCGAUAGAGACUUAAAAACAAUUGAAAAGAGAUUCUGCCAACUUGCCAACAUACUAAUAGUACUACUUGAAUCUGACUCAGGAUAUUAUUGGGAGAUCCGUAAAUUAUAUUUAAAUAGCAGGAAAAAGGCAUUUUCAGAGUUGGCCACGGAUGGCCAACUACCCAAACGAAGAAGUGAAGCUCAUGCUCCCAUAAGUAGGUAUAACUGCAUAGGAAAUAUAAGACUUACUAUAAUUCCAGAACAGCAAUAUGCUCUUAUCAAAGAAAGCCAUAAACAACAAAAAAAUGUAUAUAAUGGACCAAACAAACCAACUCUUAUUGGCAAAGCUGUACUUGAAGCAACCCGAAUUCAUAGAAAAGCCUUUAAAAUCCUUAAUUAUUUAGAAAAUAACUUCGUAAGAACAUUGGGAUUUUUAACGCCAUUAAUAAAACAUAUUGGAGUUAAAAAUAUAACCGAAAUUGUCAUUGACUCUAUAUUCAAGACCAACCAAGAGAGAUUUGAGUUCUUUGCAGUGAAUGUGAACUGUGGUGAGUAUGGUAUGCCCAUAGCAUACCUUUAUCUUUCUAUACUUGAUGCAUCAAUUGCCAACAAUUCUUCAAUGAGCAAUUCUGUUGAAGAUGGCAACUUUAGAUUAAGAAGUUUAUCAAAUAUGUUAGUAGAAGAAAAUUUUGAUAUAACAAAAGAGAGACAAGAAAAUUUUGAUGCUCUGAUGAUGCCAUUUUUAAAAGAAAUUAACCUGUGUAAAACAGCAUUACAGUCAUGUAAUCAACAGGCCACUUCAAAAUCAAAGGGAAAGCUCACUUUUUGGCUGUGUUAA